AUGCCUUUCCUCGGCUUCCGCUGGGUCGUCAACUUCGUGUUGCUGGCCGUCCCCAUCGGAGCGACUCUCGGUAUCCUCAUUGGAAUCGACGCUGGCAGGAGUUCAAACGGACAAUCGCCAAUUUUCACCGAGCCUGACAACCCGGGCACGACACCAAAGAACAAUGGCAUCACGGCAAUGGUAUCAUGCGACAAGGCAAUGGGUCUUCACCCUCUGUCCAAGGGUCAGGAGUACACACUCUUUCGCGAUGUCUUCAUCGUCGCCUGUCUCCUCCACGGGAACCUGCCUCUCCGCAACAUGCGGCGGUACGGGCCGAACACCACGAUGCAGUCAAGCCUCUCCCGUUGCGGAUGCUCUGCGCGCUGUCUGUCUCUAUGUCAUCUGAACUAUCUUGCGUUUUUCUUUGGGAACAACACGGACUCCCGUGUUUUAUUUGUUUUGACUUUUGCUCCCUUGAAAUGCGAAACCUGUCUGGGCGGGCGCAACCUGGCCGUCCGGUCCAUGAACCCGAACCAGUGGGGUUGGACAGAAGGCACAGAUGGUCUCUUGUGUAUGAAUGGCCAAGCCUUCCACUGCAGCUUCAACCUAACCCGUCGCUCCCCGUCUCAGGUUACCACAUUCAACAACCAGACAUACGAUACCGGCUUCAGCGCCCCCGAGUUCUACGUCACAUGGCGCUACCCCCGUGGCCCCGAGACGCAGCCCGUCCACGCUUUCCCCAACAUCAAGGUCGACGGCAGCUCUCUCCCGGUCUCCAUUCCCAAGCUCUCAAACAUUAACGUAGAUGUCGAGUGGUCCUACUCUGUCGGCAACUAUACCACCGAUGGCGCAGCUGCGACGAACACCGACGAGACUGAGCUUACCGACAAUGACACCAACACCAACGUCGCCAUCGAUAUGUUCUUGGACGACGACAAGACCUCGGCGCAAGACAGUACCAAGGCGAAGUACGAAGUGAUGGUGUGGUUUGGCACAUUUGGCGCAGCGACACAGCCCAUCGGUUACCAAAAUGGCGCCGGCGCACUUACCACAGAGACGAUCAACGGAACCACAUUUUUGAGCCAAUACGUCUUGACCUGGAAGGCCACGGCAACGAUCGAGCACUUUGUCGGCGAUCUCGCCCCCCUUCUGACGAAGCUUACCACCAUGACCAACGCCAACUUCCCUACGACCUCGACAUAUCUCGGCUACAUGGGUCUUGGUUCCGAAGCGCUCUCAGCCACCAACGUUGUCACGUUCCGCGUACCGACCCUAUCGAUGGAGAUCAAGGCAUCAUCAUAA